AUGCCGAAAAUAGAGUUCAUUGAUCUUUCUUAUAACAAUUUGUACGCUGGAAUUCCUGCAACGCUAAAAUUCGAAAACCUUGAACAUUUAAGAUUGGUAUACUGUUGUUUGAUCAAGUUUCCGCAAGUAGCAAACAACACUCAGUCUUUGAAAUCUUUAGACAUAAGUGGAAACCAAGAUUUACGUAAUUUCUCGCUUGGUGAUAUCGCUUCUGACUCCUCUUUAGAAUUUAUUAAUAUACAAGGCAUUAAAGUGAAUGAUUCCGGAAAUAUUUCUCAAUUUCCUCCAAACUUAGUUGUUGCUAGCGAAGGUAAGAAUGUUCAGAUCCCACCUUCUUCAAAUUCAUUGUUUAUAUUUAAAUAA